CCGUCAAUCUUGAUCACCUGCGACCAAGGCGACACAGAGGUAGGUGAACUGUGAAGACCUAUAUGCAACAAAUUGGUCGGAAAGGCGCGUCAAGACAUUCAGAAACCAAACACCUCGAUCAUCCUGGCACCCACCGUCCAUGGCUUCUUCCCGGCGCGUCCCUCCACUCCUCGCCCUCCUCGUCGCCUCGCUCUGCGCCGCUGCCGCGGUUGCUCAGAAGAACAGCAGCAUCCUGCAGCCGGCCAAUCCCACCUGCUCCACGGCCGCCAACUACACCGACGGCAGCCAGUACAAGAAGAACCUCGACCAGCUCCUCGCCGGCCUCCCUGCCGCAUCACUAAGCAACGGCUGGUUCUACAACGGCACGGCCGGCGAAGCGCCCGACCAGGCCUUCGGCCUCAUCAUGUGCUACGCCGACCGCAGCGCGGCGCGGUGCCGGGAGUGCCUGGCCGGAGCUCCCGCCGGGAUCACCACCGUGUGCCCCGGAAGCCGGAACGUGCGAGCGGCCUACGAUGCGUGCGUGCUCCGGUACUCGCCGGCGCCGCCCUUCUCCGGGACCGCCGACCUCGCCGUUCCUUUCCUCGUGCGCGCCAGCGGGCCCGGCGUCACCGUCGACCCGGACAAGAUGCUCAACGCGUGGCUCACGCUAAUGACCGGCCUCACCGGGCAGGCCGCCAGCUCGCCGUCGCGGGUGGCCAACUCGUCCACGCCGUACGACGGCAACGCGACGAUGCCGGUGUACGGGCUGGCGCAGUGCACGAGGGACCUCAACUCGUCCGAAUGCAGCAGGUGCCUCUCCUCCCUGGUCGGCCAGCUCAGGACACGCUUCACCAACGAUACCGGCGGCGCCAUCAAGGCCUACAGCUGCUACGUCAGGUACGAGCUUGGCGCAUUCGACAUCACCCUGCCGCCUGAACCGCCGCUGCCUCCGCCGCCACCGCCACCUACAUCGUCCUCCUCAAGAACAGGGCUUGUGGUCGGCCUCUCCGUCGGCUCUGUGGCGUUCUUGAUCAUUCUAGGCUCCUUGAGCUGCAUUUCCCUACGACGACGGCGGCGGCGUAAGCAGGCUAAAAUCCUUGAGGAGGCAAGGGUGCAGCAGCUGGAAGAGGGCAGCUUCUUCGACGGCGACGACCCGGCCAUGGAAGACGACUUCGAGAAAGGGACCGGCCCAAAGCGGUUUCGCUAUGGCGAGCUCGCCAUCGCCACCGACAACUUCUCUGACGAGAACAAACUCGGCGAAGGAGGAUUCGGCUCGGUGUACAGAGGACACCUCAAGGAAAUGAACCUUGAUGUGGCCAUCAAGAGAGUGUCCAAGGGGUCCAAGCAGGGGAGGAAGGAGUACGCGUCCGAGGUGAGGAUCAUAAGCCGGCUCCGGCACCGGAACCUCGUGCAGCUCAUCGGUUGGUGCCAUGGCGGCGGCGAGCUCCUCCUCGUCUACGAGCUCAUGCCCAACGGCAGCCUCGACACGCACCUCUACGGCAGCAACAACGCCGCAGUGCUGCCAUGGCCGGUCAGGCAUGAGAUUGUGCUGGGACUGGCCUCUGCACUUUUGUACCUUCACCAGGAGUGGGAGCAGUGCGUCCUGCACAGGGACAUCAAGCCAAGUAACAUAAUGCUGGAUGGAUCCUUCGCAGCCAAGCUCGGUGACUUCGGGCUCGCCAGGCUCGUCGACCACGGCCGUGGAUCGCACACCACGGUGCUCGCCGGCACCAUGGGGUACAUGGACCCGGAAUGCAUGAUGUCAGGCAAGAGCAGUGCCGAGUCAGACGUCUACAGCUUCGGCGUCGUCCUCUUGGAGAUCGCCUGCGGCAGGCGGCCUUUGGUGAUGGCGAAGCACGAGGACGACGCGGUCCACUUGACUCAAUGGGUCUGGGAUUGGUACGGCAAGGGAAGGAUCCUUGACGCCGCCGACGAGCGGCUUGAAGGAGAAUUCAAUGGCGAUCAGGUGGAGCGUGUGUUGAUCGUCGGGCUCUGGUGCGCUCAUCCCGAUCGGAGCCUGAGGCCGUCGAUCAGGCAGGCCGUCAACAUGCUGCGCUUCGAGGCGCCGUUGCCGAGCCUCCCGGCGAGGAUGCCGGUGGCGACCUUCAUGCCACAGGUUGGUGCUUUCACUUCCACAUCUUCGGCUGUGACAGGCAGCACCAGCAGCAGCACUGGAACAUCUUCGGCUGCAACAGGCGUCAGCAGCAGCACUUCAGUUGUAACAGGCGUCAGCAGCAGCAGCAGCGCCGGCACCAAUGUAUCAGCAACCGAAACAUCCUCCUUGCUGAAAUGAGAAGCAGAACAGUGGGUCUUUUUUUGGGACCAGAUUAGGUGUAGCACUAGACUGAUUUUUGACUACCUAUAGAGGCAAAAGUGAUACAGAAUUUGAUUCAUAGAAGUUACAGAAUACAACAGCAGAGACUCCAAAAUACGUGUAUAAACAUUCAUGGUGUAAUAAUUCAUCUGGAAUACCAGUGAAUUUCACCCAAAUGGAGUGUAGGUUUGCUUUUGCCC